GUGGAACAGAGAGCAGUUGACAUGAUCUGCCAUGUGUAUGAACUCAGCAAGAGGGAGAACUUGCAGCUGUGUGUUGGACGCCUCCUGCACACACUUUUAACCAACAUAGAUGAGAAAGUACAGGGCGCCUCAUUAGAGCCAAACAGGAAACUAUUUUUGUACUCUGCACACGACACUACUUUGACUCCCUGUCUGAUGGCUCUGGGGGUGUUUGACAUGAGAUGGCCACCGUAUGCCGUUGACAUGACUCUGGAGCUGCACCAACAGCAGCAGACCAACAAGUCCUUCGUUAAAGUGUCAUACGUGGGAGAGGAUCUACUUAUACCAGGUUGUAGUGGAGUCUACUGCCCUCUGGAGGAGUUCGAACAGGUCCUCUCAGCAUACUCACUGAGCUCUGACCUCUACCAGUCACUUUGUAACAGCACAGAGGACCUGACCGAUCCCUGAACCCUCAGCAAACGGUCACGUCUCAACACAGUGCUACUCAUGACGUUACACUCUAACAGGUAUCACGCAUCAUGUUUUUUUACAUCCUCCAUUUCUCACUCCAUCCAGCCAGCAUCACCAGGGGAAACUUGUUAGGUGUAAUAGUCCUGGAUCACAGCCUGAAGUUUUUUUUAGUUCAUAUCACUUUUAAUUUCAAUGAUAAUUGCUAAUCUUGAUGAAACCGUGGCAGAAGAAUGUUCCACUAAGGUAUUAAUUUAAUGAUUAUGGCAUAUUGACAAGUGUAAGUGCAGAAUUAUUAAGCUAUACAGUGUUUACGUGAUAUCAGAUGCUUUAGUGUGCAGGUGUCAGUUUGCAUGCACUUAAUCUGUUUGGCUUGAUGAUGAAGGAUCCGUGUUUUUCUUAUUGUCGACAAAACCCAAAAGACUAAAACCAACAAUGUCUCCCAGUGCUGUGACAAAUCUUUUAAAGCAAAUGACAAAUACAUACUGAGUUUUUUUAAAAGUCUAAGUAAUUUGUUAAAACACCUAGAUGCUACUUUUAAACUGGAGUAAAUUGUGCGCUUGUUGGAGACUAUUUUCAGCUGUGGAUUGAUAAACAUUUGGUGAUCUAGAGAGUGUUUAUUGCAUUAGGAUCGUGGAUGUGUAAAGAGAACUGGACACAGCGUUGGAGGCAGGGCUGCGUUCAUUCCUAUAGAAGUCGCUCAGUGGUGCAUGCAGCAAAAAAGUUUGACUUCUUAGGUGUAAAAUUACCCAGGUAGUCCCCUUUGUUGGACCCAUAGUGCACACAUCCUAGUGUUUAAUUUAAUCCCGCCUCCUAAAUUGUCAUUUUCAGGCUUACUAUGUCAGUUCAGAAUAACUCUGGAUCCUACUAUGAGUGAAUUUUACAAGUUUUAAGACAUAAUGAUUUAAAUAAAGGCUGUUUUUGCAUUUGUACUAGGAAAUUGAUGUACCUUAAAAAAUGUCUGCUGAUUUACUACAGAUUUCUCUUUGUCAAAUAAGCUUCAAAGCCUGGCACUGUUCCUGGGGGCUUCAUCAGGGUAGUGUGCGGUAUCUGUGAUUGACUCAACAGAAACCUCUGUGCCAUGUUAUUUGCAGUAAAGGAACAUACUCCUGCAUGUAUCUCUAUUGCAAGGAGGGUUUGCCAACUCAUGUAAUACCCAAUAGUAGGAUGAAUUAAUUGUUGGUUUUACUCUUUUGGGGAUCUGCUGAAAAGAAAAAUAGAGAUUAUCAGCCUUUUCUUCAGAAGUUCAAACCACUGCUGCUGUUUAUGCUUACGCUAAAAUAUGGAUGUCAAAGGUUGACUACUGUGGCAUCAUCAAUGCUGGUAACUGCAAGUAUUCUGCUUAUUUGGUCGUCUUCAUGAAUCAUGAUCAGAUCUUUCAUUUUCCAUAAUUUCAUUCCUCAGGGGAAUACUAAGCAGCUCAUGUACUGUAUCUAAUUUGGGGAAUGUACAUUAGUGUGUAGGUGAAUGUCCUCAUAACCAUGUUGAAUCUACAGAAAAUGGAAUAAUUCUGCUACGGUAUAUUUCAAGAGUGACACAUUAUAUCGCCUUCUUGUAGGGGUUUGUUGGUACCAUCAAACCCGAGUAUAAUGUAUGUGUGAUUACAUGCCCAUUAUACAGACCUGUGAUACUACUGUGUUACAAUAACACACAUUGUACCUCAUCAGUGGGAGUUUCUGUGCCCUGCUGCUUAAAGUGUAAAGGUUUGGA